AGCUGCACGGUGGAGCACGGAGCAAGGCAGAUAGCUGGCUAAGGCUGGGCCAAACAGAGACACAGGCUGGUUCUCCAUCUACUCUCAUCUGGCCCUGUAAUGUCUCUGCUGGUGAUAGCAAUGGGAGGGAGACAGCUGGUAAUAUUGUGGGGAAGGGGGAGAAAGAAAUAAACUUCAUCACGUAUCAUGAAUGUCAGUGUUUGCCAGAAGUGCGGUUACCAGAAUUAGCCGGGUGCUUCAAGCUAACUGGAGGUUUUGUGCUAACAUUUUCACAACCCAUUCCAAUGUCGUGUGGGAGACAUAAUUUGCAUUUAAAGAUCAUUCAGAGAGCAUUUUCCAUCCCAACGAUGCCCUUUGUAUUACCAACCUGGAGCAAGCAAAAGAUGCCUGAAGGAAGUAGACAGGACGGGUGUCUUGCGUCCACCAUGUCGUCUAGGCAUAAGCAGAGCUGCCUUCAAACUCAGUGGCUGAAGUACCUGAGCGCUAGUUCUGCUCCGACAUCCAUGGGGAAUCAUGGCUCUGAAUUUCCCCAGCCUAGAGGCGCCCUGCAGUGAUUUCUGAGUGGCUGAGGUGGUAUUUGGCCCAGCACCUUUCUCGAGCUUUAAACCAACUUGUUAGCAGGGAGGCCUGGCUCUUCCAUGGGAGCGCGGCUCCACUGGGAAACGUUACAGCAAAACACCCUCCCCGUGCACGGUGCGCAGCUGGGCACGGGACGGAUCCAUGCAGGACUCGCGGGUUGUGUGGGAAACACCCACAGCUAGCGGGCCCAUCGCAAGCCUUCCUCGAGUGCGGCUGCCUCUGCGGCUUUCAGCCCAGCAGCAGCUGCGAAGAUUGAAAACGCCCCUGGCACUUGGAAGUGAGGGUCGAUUUCAGGAGUCCGGGUGGGGCCUUUCCUAGAACUCGGACUCUGGAGCGGCUGCUCACCCAGCCUUGCCGGAGGGGGGGUGGCAUGAGCCCUUUGUGCACUGAACUGGCAUGUGUGUGUCCUUGAUUCCUUAGGGGGGGGACCCACUCCAAGGUGGUGCUGAUAUCUGAAGAUGGCAAGAUCCUGGCAGAGACCGACGGGCCCUGCACUAACCAUUGGCUGGUCGGCUCGGACAAAUGUCUGGAAAGGAUCAACGAGAUGGUCAGCGAGGCCAAAGGGAAGGCAGGUGCCAACCCGCAGGUUCCCCUCCGCUCGCUGGGGCUGUCUCUGAGCGGGGGGGAGCAGAAAGAAGCCAUCAAGAAGCUCAUCGAGCAGCUGCAGACCCGCUUCCCGCAGCUGAGCGAGAACUACUACAUCACCACGGACGCCAUCGGGGCGAUGGCCACAGCUACCGACCACGGUGGCGUGGUGCUGAUCUCGGGAACCGGUUCCAACUGCAAACUCAUCAACCCCGACGGGUCGGAGGUUAGCUGUGGAGGGUGGGGUCACAUGAUGGGAGACGAGGGGUCAGCUUUCUGGAUCGCACAUCAGGCCGUGAAGAUUGUGUUCGACUGCCUGGACAACCUGGAAGUGCCGCCCCACGACAUCGGCUACGUCAAGCAGGCCAUGUUCGAUUACUUCCAGAUCUCUGACAGGAUGGGUCUCCUGACACAUCUCUACCGGACGUUCGAGAAAUCCAAGUUCGCGGGAUUCUGCCAAAAACUAGCCGAGGGUGCCCAAGCGGGGGACCCUCUGUGCUGUCACAUUUUCAACAAGGCUGGGGAAGUCUUAGCUCGACACAUUGUAGCUGUGCUGCCAAAAAUUGACAAGAGCCUCUUCUGCGGUGAGCUGGGGCUGCCGAUCCUGUGCGUGGGCUCGGUGUGGAACAGCUGGGAAAUGAUGAAAGAAGGGUUCCUCAAAGUCCUGAACCAGGCCCAGCGUCAGGAGCUGCACAGCAUCUUCUCCAAGUUCACCCUCUUGAAGCUGAAGCACUCGUCAGCGCUGGGCGGAGCCAGCCUGGGGGCCAAGCACAUAGGGCAGGCGCUGCCCCUGGACUACACUGCCAAUGUGGAUGUCUUCUACACACACUCCUUCUAGGUCCCCGUGCGGGGACUCAUCUCCUCUCCUUCGCUCUCUGCCUGGGCAGCAUCCGGCCGGGCAGCCCUACUUUUGAAAUUGUUUCUUGGUUUGUAUCUCUGGUGCAGCCUGGUGGGGGGGGAAUCUAUUUACAUAUCGACGGGAAUUGCAUCUGGCUUUUUGUAUCAACGUGUUUUGUAAUUCGUCAAUAAAAGGUCACAGACACAGCUGA